UGACAACAACAUUUAAGAACAUUAAUAUCAUUAAAAAUCAAUCUAGCGAGGCUUUGAAACAAUCUCGUGUUCGUCCUCCUCAUUUUCAACAGUAGCGGUGCUCAGACAAUACGUACUUCAGCACUCACUAAAAGGACGCUUUACAACCCUGCUCAAGCUUAGCUUACCUUCCUACCCAGUUGUGGCCAAAGACAAUCGGACACUAAGAAGGUCGCCUUUCUCCUCUGUUCUUGGUAAUCUGGGAUGAACGCUGGGAGUUAAACAAAUCAUUUCCAAUGAUCUCGCCCAGAUGAUCCAACUCCCAGUGUGCACAGACUGGGUUAAGUGCUCCCCCUAGUGUCUUUUAUUGCUUUGGCUGGUGGGGAUGAUUUCAAAUCCAAACACAUCCUUAAGCGAUGACCGAGACAAACGCUCUAGUGUCCAGGCAGCGACCUUUAACUGUGAGCCGUUGUAUAUGUCUGCUGAUAUCAGCUGCUGCAUGGGUUUUGGAGCCAGUUGCUCAGUCUAUUUGAUGCUCCAUGGUCAAGAUGGUGACUGUAUAUGCUGCCUGUGCCCUGCUGUGCUUUGCGCCACUAUUGGUGGUCAGUGAUCCUCCUGUUUUGACCCAGCCGGAGCAGGUGCACCUCUCCUAUCCAGGGGUCCCUGGAUCCAUGGUGGUCACGUGGACAACCUUCAACCGUACCGACAGCCUGGUGGAGUACAGCCCCUGGGGGGACAUUCUCUUUCACAAGAGCGCCAACGGAAGCGUGACGCCGUUUGUGGACUCAGGAAACGAGAAGAGGAAGAUGUUCAUCCACAGAGUCACGCUCAGCGACCUCAAGCCAGGUUCCCAUUAUGUGUACCACUGUGGCAGCGACAUGGGCUGGAGCGACAUGUUCUGGUUCAGACCAAUCGACGAAACCAUCAUCCAGCCCGCCUUCGCCCUGUAUGGAGACCUGGGCAACGAGAACCCCCAGUCCCUGGCCCGGCUGCAGAAGGAGACCCAGCUAGGAAUCCUUGACGCCAUCUUGCACAUAGGGGACUUUGCCUAUGAUAUGCAUGAUGACAAUGCGAGGGUCGGCGAUGAGUUCAUGAGACAGAUCCAGUCCAUCGCCGCCUACGUUCCCUACAUGACCUGUCCUGGCAACCACGAAUCUGCCUAUAACUUCUCAAACUACAGGAACCGCUUCAGCAUGCCAGGCCGGACGGAAAGCCUGUGGUACAGCUGGAACGUAGGGCCCGUCCACAUCAUCUCCCUGUCCACCGAGGUCUACUUUUACCUCGAGUUUGGCCAGGAGCUUCUCUUCAGGCAGUACGACUGGCUGAAACAGGACCUGGAGGAGGCCAACAGGCCAGAGAACCGGGCAGCCCGUCCCUGGAUCAUCACCAUGGGACACCGGCCCAUGUACUGCUCCGACGACGACCAGGACGACUGCACCACGUUUGACUCCUUCGUAAGACGAGGACGCAGCGACACUACCCCAGCAGCACCGGGCUUGGAGGAUCUAUUCUACCUCCACGGUGUGGACGUGGAGCUGUGGGCGCAUGAGCACACCUACGAGAGACUCUGGCCGGUCUACGGGGACAAGGUGUUCAACGGUAGCGUCGCAGAGCCCUACACCAACCCCAAGGCCCCCGUGCACAUCAUCACCGGCUCUGCUGGCUGCAAAGAGAAGACGGAUAGAUUCAACCCCAACCCCAAAGACUGGAGCGCCUUCCGCAGCACGGACUACGGGUACACCCACAUGCAAGUGGUCAACCACACCCACCUCUACCUCGGCCAGGUGUCCGACGAUCAGGCCGGCAAGACGAUUGACAGCAUAUGGAUUAUAAAGGACAAGCAUGGCUAUGAUGCCUGGUUUUGAGUCCUGCUCGGUGACGGACCGUCCUCUCAGGUACCGAGGGGCUGAAGCACUCUCUCUGCACUCUGUGGACCAAUCUAUAAUGCUGUUUUCAGGCGGUGAGGUUCUAGAGGAACCUCGAAUGAUCUCAGAACCCGUCUAUGCACUACUGUCACUUUGUAUGUUUGAACUGUCAGAUUCUACUUCUCUGGAUUUUUCUGUGGCUUUUUUAUUGAAAUCGACUAACUAACUAACUAACUUUUAAAUAUUUCAGCCAAACCAAACAAUUGUAUUAAUUUUUAGUAACUCAUAUAUGUAUGUGAUGAUGUAUGUUAUGUUUAAGUGAAAUGUGUUCCCCUAAAAUAAUAAUAAGGAAAUAUAUGAUUUCAAAUUAAUAUUUUGGGACUUUGUCAUGCAUCCUACUUUUUCAGAGUCUUUAGAAAGACCCUAAUGCACCAACCAAAUACACAGAAAAGACAGACCGAACGGUCUCCUUCACAUCCACGUCGACAGACGACAGGUAGGCACUAGGGAAAACCAGACCAUACGGCUGAGAUCGCAGGCCAGCUGCAGUGAACUGUUGUGUAACCUUAGCGAUACUGGCCUGGCAUGGGCAUAUCCAGACGAGUAGAAGGCACAGUUCCCAGAAAGUUUUGCAAAUCUCAUGACGCACACUACUAUGGUAGUGUGUAUUCCUUAACGUCAGAGUGCUGUUUCAGAUGGAUCUUGGCUUGUUCGCCAAGAUCCAUACGCAUAUUUGUGUGCGUGUGCGUAUGUGUGUGUGUGCGUGCGCUUGUGUCAUUCAUUAAGUAUCGGCUCCAAUUUGUUUCGAAGAAGGCUCCUCGUCUAAUUUGUUACUGUAGCAUUUUGGCCAAAAGUUAUACACCUAGCUCAUUAAAUCGAGUAAACACAGCAACUAUAGGACCAUUAUUAACAAUUAAAAGUGUAAAGUGUUUAUUUAAUAGACCGUAGCAGUCUCACCGUUCCUAAAACAGUUAUGACUGCACCACAGGUAGAAUUAUAUACAUCAUUUUUUUGGCCUUAGUUUCUACAUCCGUCCAUCCCCGUGGCGAACGGUCCGGGGCCCGGUACUAGUUCGCAUCCCGGUGGUUUAGAACCACCGCUUCAGAAGGAUGGAUCACUUGCCAAGCAACAGCAAGAUGUACAUCAUUUAAAGGAGCAACAAGGUACACUUUCUGACCCUGCUGUUUAGUGUCAGAUAAAACACCGCUCAGCAAGCGGAACUACACCUCAUAAUGCUCUGGUCACCUUGUACUUCUUUAUGAUAGUGCUGUUGAAAUGGAGGAGUCAUAUGGACAUUUUCCAAGGUUCGAACCGUAGAGACUAGUUAGAAGUUCUGGAAAGAACGAUCCAGGAUGUAAUAAAACAUUUCUUUAUGAAAAAUAAAGAAUCUAUCCUUUAAGGGAUUGACAUUACAACGUUAACCAUAUUUACGAUUCAAUAAAUCGUUUUAUGAACCUAUGUAUGGAUAAAGCAUGGUUCUGAUGGUGGUCAGCAAUGGUUUCCACAGAGGAUAAAAAGGUUCUUAUCUAUGGAACAAGCGUAUCAAAGGUAAUAGCCUUGAGUCGACAUGUUUUUGUCAUCUACAAUUACUCCUCCAAGCAAGAAGAGGAAAAAGAUUCAUGGUGAUCCAGGAAAAAGGAAAGCAGAAAGGAAAAGUAAGCACGUGUCUCUUCAGAUCCAAGGGCUGAUGCCGAAGUAUGGAGUUUGUUUUACUGACGCGGUGGAGGCAGAGCGGAACUGCGGCGUCGCGCUGAGGGUCCUUCUCGACAGAAAUAGUUUCAUGUUGUUAGACUCACGGUUAAUCCGUGCUCCCCCUUCAAACCAACGCCCUGUACAAAUCCUCUGGGCCCCUUAUGUGGACACCACCUCUGGUCGCUUUAAGUGGACCAACCUCUGGCCCCCUUAUGCGGACUAAUCUAAUGGCCCCAUUAUGUUGACCAAUCCUCUGCCACCCUUAAGUGGACCCAUCCCCUGGCCCGCUUAUGCAGACUAAUCUGCUGGCUCCCUUAAGUCUCCUGCUAAUUAGGGGAAGCCAAGGAUUUCUUCACACAGUGAUGCACAAAUGUGCUGAUGAAAACCAACUCAGGUCUGUUUGUCCAGGAAGGAUGACAGUGGGAGGAAGGGGGCCGUGUGGCGCGACGUUGCCUCAGCACUUAUUCCCAGUUGUGUUAUAGGCAGAGUGUUGGGCUCGAGUCCCCACCUCCCUCUGUUUGAUCUGUCUGAGGUCAGAGCUCUGACACUGCCCCAUUCCCAGCAGUGCGAUUCCUUCCAUAUCUAUGUCCAAAUGUUGCCUCUUCCCAUCCGUAAAGACA